AAAACCCUAACGGGCGGAGCCUCCACGAUGUUCUCCCUUCCAAGAUGCUCUCCCGCCUCAUUUCUCGGCCGCUCCACCUCCGCCUCCUAACCCUAACCCUAGUUUCUUCCUCCCACCCCCUUUCACCCUCCUCCUCUUAUCCCCCUCCUCGCCUUCCGCCUCCUCCCCGUCUUCCUCACGGCGAACCCAAUCCAGGCUUCUUCCUCCAAUCCCUGAGAGCCUUCUCGACCAAUCGCGGGGACGGCGGCGGCGGCGAUGGUGACGGCACCUGGAAGUUCUCGCAGGAGAAGGAGGUGGUGGACUCCGUAUUCGGCGACGAAGAAGGUAGCCUCGCCGGGAUUGCAGAGGGCGGCAAGGAUGCCGCCGGAUCGGAGGCGGCUGCUGGAGCCGGCUUGAAGGGCGGCGAUCCCUGGUCGUCCCAGGAUUCCACUUUGGAGAAGAAAGGGGAUAUAUUUGUUGAGAUCGAUCGGGAGUUUGCAUCGAAGGAGGAGAUGGGAGGGGCUGGAGAGGAUGAAUGGGAGACGGCUGAAGGGUAUAAGUCGUGGACUUUGGGGGAAGAGGAAGAUCGGGUGGAUUUAUUUGACACUGAAGGAGAAAAAGGGCUGGGAUUUGAAGGGAUUGGGGAUGUUGGGAUUGAGGAUUUGGAAAAGGAGCGCAUUGAGGAGCAGAAGCAAAUGGAGAAGAAAGAGCAAGAACUCCUAGCUACACUGAAAGGUCCAAAUCGGGCAUUUGGGGAUCUGAUUGCAGCAUCGGGAAUUACAGAAGAUAUGAUUGAUAGCUUGAUUCUUCUAAAGGAUGUCAGAGGUAUCAAAGGGUUGCCUCCUCUACAUGAAAUAGAAGACAAAGCCAUAGCGCGAAUGAAUGCAACAUCUACAAGAACUGAAAUUGAGCGAAUGAAGCAAGAGGAAAUUGCAAAAGCACGGGUUAGACAGGUUGAUGAAAAAGGAAGGGCUUAUGGAACUGGAAGAAGGAAAUGCAGUGUAGCUCGUGUAUGGAUUCAACCUGGUGAUGGGAAGUUUAUCGUCAAUGACAAGCACUUUGAUGCAUACUUCCCAAUUCUCGACCAUCGAGCUGAGCUUCUUCGUCCAUUUACUGUGACAAACACUUUGGGUCUUUGGGAUGUAAAUUGCACUGUGAAAGGCGGUGGUGUCUCAGGUCAGGUCGGAGCUAUCCGCUUGGGAAUCAGCAGGGCCCUGCAAAACUGGGAACCAGGGCUUCGGCCAUACCUCAAAGCAGCUGGGUACUUGACGAGGGACCCACGUGUUGUUGAAAGGAAAAAGCCUGGAAAGGCAAAAGCAAGAAAGAGCUUCCAAUGGGUCAAGAGAUAACAGCUUUCAGCUUUGCAGCUUCAUCUUGACCAGCUCACCUUACCAAUACAAAGCCGAGCGAAUCUUAUAUUUGUUGGUGCUGCUGGCAGCAACAUUGCAACCAUGAUUUUGUUGUGCAUCACCUGAUGUCCCUUGUCAUACAAGCCAGAAAUCUUUGUGAUGAUUAAGUCAGAAUGUGGAGAACACGAGAACAAAGUUUCGAUGCCUGUCCUGGUACGUCUGCUACUAUAUUGGAGCCUUGAUUCUCUGCUUAAGAGCAUUUAUCUUUGCCCCAGUGAGACCAUGAUGGGCAAUUGUGAUGGUGUCAGAAAGUCUGUUCCUGGUUCUUAAGCCUGUCAUCCCGUCUGUCAUACUUAGAAGUCCAAGUGAUAAAUUGAUCAAGGGAUUCCAUUAUUUAUUUAUUUUCUGUUUGAAAUUUGUCAAAUUUCUGUUAUUUGAUUGAACAUUGGCGAUUGUUUGCCUUGGCUUCGAAUCAUGUUGCCUUUUAUUUGGGUCCAAUAAAGCGUGCAAUGUUGUGGUGACAACGUUGCGAGGAAGCAAACCAUCUUUUGCA